AUGCCCAGUUCCCGAAAUGAAAAGGAAUUGAGCCCUUCUGCUCGAAACCAUAGCAAAAGCAAAAAGUCAUCCCAUAAACAAAAGAAACAUAAGAAACGUCCCAAAACUGAGGCUUCGGCUGAAAAGCUAAAGGGACAAUAUGAAGAUAUUUCCUCAGCUUCGGAAGAAACCGCAGAGUUGCCCGUUCAAAAGUACAGCUCCAUCUCACGGAGCCCUUCGCCCAUGGCGUCGAAAAAAUCAAAGGCUAAUGUAAAGAGGAAGAAGUCAAAAAAGGAUAGCUUGGUGCAAGGAUCAAGCAAAAAGCGCAGGAAACGUGGCAGGUCGCCCGUAAAUGUUUCGCUCGCAAAGGUUGAGGGGCCACCGUUGUCUCCUGUUUCAAGCUCGAAAUGGAAAGACAUGACUCCUUCGCCGAAGCUGCCGCCAUCAAAUAAGGAUAUCUACCGGCAGAUCUCACCAUCUAUGGUAAAGAAACGUGGAUCAGAGUCGCCUUAUGUUCCAAUAGCGUACAGGCCGCCAAAGUCACCAAGUAUUAGUCCCACCAGAUCUCCAAUUGCAAUGUACAAGAGAGAGAGGUCUCCUUUCAAGGCUAGAUCGCCUAUGAAAGUGUGGUCCAGAUCUCCUUAUAGCCACAGAUCAAGAUCGCCCUCCCCUCCGAGGGGGAGAUCACCCAUGAGAACUUAUAGAUCACCGGAAAGGUCUCCAUAUCGAUCACCUAUGGGACGUUUGUCGCCGUUUGGUCGGAGUAGGUCUUUUGCCUCUUAUGGCAGAAGACGGUCACCUUCACCAUAUGGGCGCCACUCUCCUUCACCACCACCAUUUAGGAACACUGGAAUGCGAAAUAGGCCAGUGCAAAGGAAUAGACACCGCAGUAGAUCUUUGUCGCCGCAUACAUCAAAAUAUAGGAAAUCACCAGUCCGAACAAAAAUUCGAAGUCGUUCUCCUCCAAAGAGAUCACCACACAGAGGCACCCAGCGCAGCCCUGAUGUACAUCAUUCUGCAUAUAAAUCAGGAAAUAAGAGGUCAAAUUCUUCCAGGAAUGAGCCUGCACGGUCAACAGAUACCAAGUCUGCAAACAGAGACUCUAUAGAAAAAUCUUAUAGUUCCAAGGACAAUGUACUCAAGGCUAAGAGCAAACUUGAAAGUGUGGAUGGAGUUAAAAGGAAUGUAACAAGGGAUACUCAGAAGCAGCCUCUCACUAAAACAACAAAGCCAAAUUUAGAGACUGGUGUGAAAGAUUCUCCAGCAAAUGGACCAACAAAGGACUCUAACUUGAAUUCAUCUGGAGUUAAAUCAGGAACUGGUGAUGUGAAUAAGAUAAGUCAAACAGAGACAGCACCUGCUCUUCCACUUCCUCCUUUAAAUGAACCAGCCCCUCCGCCUCUUCCCAGUGAUGAGCCUCCUCCGCUUCCUCCUGAUGAAGAAAAACCGCCACCUCCUCCUGCUCCGACGUUACCACCCUUACCACUGCCGCCAGAACUCCCUGGCACACCAGGCGAGUCACCAGCAUCUUAUUCACCACAUUCCCCCGGGGGUAAACCUCCUGCAUCUCCAAAGUCAGCUGCCAAAGACGCAGAAGCAACUGGGCCGAGUAGUCAGAGUGGGACGCCACUAUCUACACCAGAUACAACACCAAAGACACCAGCGGAAAGUGAGUGGGGAGAGAGGUGUGUGGACAUGUUUCAGAUCAUUGAUCAAGUGGGAGAGGGGACAUAUGGACAAGUAUACAAGGCAAAGGAUAAAAUCACAGGUAAAGUAUAUAAAUAAUUGAUCACAUUACACAUUGUAGUUGUUUGUAUAGUUGUGUUUGUUUGUGAGGGGGCAUCUGUACACAGGCUAUUGCUUUUUAUGUGAAAUGGUUUGGUACAUGUUGUUGUUGGCUUCCUAAUUGUUUUUUAGGAAAAGUGCAACCUUUUUCUUUGCUUAAGUUUAACCUUAUCAGAUAUAAAGUUCUGACUAUUCCUGCUGUAAAGAAAUUGUUAAUUUAAACCUUUCAGAUAUGUGCAGUGUAAUAAACUGUUAUGAAAGUUCUUGAACCUUGCUUCGAAGAGGUAGCAAGGCUACUUUUUGUAAAUAACGAACAUACACUGUACAAGGCAGUAUUUUCCUUUUGAAUCAUUCUAUGAAAUUUUUCAAGUCUGGCUAUGCUAAUGAAAGUGUUAAUUAAUUUUUGCUGUGCAAGGUACAUAGCAAGUUGUACAGUGGAAUUCUGAUGUUUUGAACCCUUAGUUUCUUUAACCUCCUGAUAAUUUGAUCCUGGGGCCAAUUCCUUAAACACUAUUAUUUUUAUUUGGCCCCCAAUUUUGAACCUCCAAUAAGUGAACAAUUGUGUUUUUCCCUGAGGGUUCAACAAAUUGGGAUUGCGCUGUGGUUCUUUUCAGUCUAUUAAGUUACAAUCAAUGUAAUUUUUUGUCAGAAUCUGUGCAAAUGAAAAGUAAGGGUGAGUCACACAUUAGAUUUUAAAAUUAAUGUGAAUGUAAAUAUAAUGUAAAUUGCUUCUCUAAAAUUGACUUCAGGUCCAGUGCUAAGUUGGAUUUCUCUCUUGUUUCAUUAGGAGAGCUUGUUGCAUUGAAAAAAGUUAGAACUGACAAUGAAAAGGAAGGAUUUCCAAUAACAGCAGUGAGGGAAAUCAAGAUCCUACGACAGCUAAAUCACCCAAACAUCGUGAAUUUGAAAGAGAUUGUAACAGACAAACCUAAUGCUGUGGAUUUCAGGAAGGAUAAAGGUCAGUUUGGUUGUACAUCUUGUGCUACAGUUUUCUUCAGUUCCAGCAUUUCAAAAUGAGUUUUACUUUUUUCCUCAUUCAUUAUUAUUCUAAUGAGUUUGAAAAAGAGUGAAAUGAAUUAAAACAAAUCAGGUUUGAAAAGUUUCAAUCCACUGGAAGUAACCAAAAAUACCCACAUGUUUCACAUACUCUGCAUAGUGAGCAUUUGACAACAUUUCCUGAAGAAGACUUACAUGUACGGUAAGCUGUCAAAAUGUCGUGAUUUAUGGUCAUCUCAAAAGACCUGUUUAUUAUUGUAUUUACUUGAUGAGCAAACAAAGCAUUUUUUCCUAGAAUUGCACUGUACAAUGUAUGUGUUCCUGUAUAUAUGCAAACAAUUUAUUUCUGUAUUUUUUUUGUCAUUGCUUUGCCUUUUGUUUUGCUUCGUUUUGUUUUGUUUUUUUGUUUUUCUCUUUUGGCUUAGUUGUUUUGCUUUUAUCCGACAAUGUUAUUCGCUAACAAAGAAUAAUGUUGAUAGAGAUGUGAUGGUGAAUUUUGAGCCUGGUGAAUACAUGAAAAUGAUGAUUUUUCUGUCAGUGGUCCACAGCUUAUUUAGUGGUAGAGCAUGGCUGGACUAUUAACAAUAAGGUCAUACAUUUAGGUUCAUCCCCUAUUGGAAGGACUCAGAUUUUUUUCUUCCAAGCCGCCUGUCUCACUGACGGAAAAAUCAUUUUUCUAAUAAUAGUAUUGUUAAUAUUAUUUUCUUUUAUCACAGGAGGGUUUUAUCUUGUGUUUGAAUACUUGGACCAUGAUCUUAUGGGUGUACUGGAAUCUGGUCUUGUUCAUUUUACUGAAGACCACAUCAAGUCCUUCACAAAACAGCUCCUAGAUGGGCUCAACUACUGUCAUCGCAAAAAUUUCCUUCACAGAGAUAUCAAAUGCUCCAAUAUUUUACUCAACAACAAGUAUGUUUACUAUUUAUAGUGUACCUCCAUCUUUUUUAUACAUAGUGCUGGCUUAUUCUUGUGGCUCUAACGGUGGAUUAUCGGAUGUUAGAUUUUUGUGUUCUACCUACAUUGUACUGCUUGUUAGGUUUACCCUCUAGAAUUGUUUCUGGUUCUUAACAACAACAACAACAACAAACAGAAUCUUGCAUUACUGCACAACUGCCUGUUCGAUUGUGACAUAUAAGACAGCACAGUGACUACUUCUGUGAUAUGAAAAAUAAUGAAAAUGUCCUCUUUUGUAGGGGAGAAAUUAAACUAGCAGAUUUUGGAUUAGCAAGAUUAUAUGAAGCAGAUGAAAGGUAUGCCGGGAAUCAAAUCAUCUUUUAGUAUUGAGAUGGUUUAACUUCCUUUGUAAGGGAAACAAAAGUGCCGACUGUAUUUUUUUAUAUAUGUCUGUCUAUAUAUUGUUGAUGUUAUAGGAGACCAUACACGAACAAGGUGAUCACACUUUGGUACAGACCUCCUGAACUUUUGCUGGGAGAGGAGCGCUAUGGACCUGGCAUAGAUAUCUGGAGUGUGGGGUGAGAGGCCUUUGGCUUUUUUACAAAAAAUAUUGUCGUUUUGAUGGCUUAUUAUGCGAAGCAGUCAAAGCACAGAUGAGUCCCUACAUUCUUGAUGAGCUUAAUUCAGCCCCCCCUUUUUUUCUUUCUUGCUACUUAAAACAAUCUCAACAUUUACUUCGACUUGAUGCUUAUCAAAUUAAGAAAAACUGUAAGUGGUAUUUUUGCAAAGUUUUGUUUAACAAGGAAUUGUUUUUUGUUUAGUUGCAUACUUGGAGAACUGUUCACCAAGAAACCAAUUUUCCCAGCAGUGCAGGAAAUUGGACAGCUGGAGCUCAUCAGGUGAGAAUGUCAAACAUGUUAAAAUUGGUUACCUCCUCCUCACAACCAAUCAUAGUCUUAAAAAAAGUAGAUAGUCUGCCCAGUCUUCAAGGCUUUUUGGAGGGUGUUGUUGUGCCCUCAUUUCUGCAGGGGUUUUUUGCAGAAUGCUGAAUGACUUUUAAGUUGAGCGAUUAGGGUUAGGAAACUGAGUGAAUCAGGUUCCACUAUUUUUGUAAUUUGUUUACCCAAGCGUUGGUAUUUAUAGGGAGAGGGGAAAACUGGAGUACCUGGAGAAAAACCUGUUGGAGCAAGGGGGAGAACCAACAACAAACUCAACCCAUUGAUGGCGUCGAUGCCAGGGUUCAAACCUGGGCCACAUUGGUGGGAGGCGAGUGUUCACAUCACUGCACCACCCUUGCUCAUUAAGGGUCAUUAUACUGGAAAAACUGACCUAAAAUGUGAUUCACUCAGUUUCCUAACCCUAACCACUUAACUUCAGAGUCAUUUGGUGUUUAACAGCCGUUCGGGAUUCUGCAAAAUACCCCUGCCACCCUCAUUUUGAGUUCAAGGGAUAAACCUCCAUUUGUUAUAACAAGGGGCUAACAUAGUGUAGAAACAUCUAGACCCUUUAAACCCCAAUAUCCAGAUACAAAUUCUCCAGACUGAUCUCUAUACAUUCCCUUCAAAAUAGUUGAGAGAAUUUUUUAAAUGAUCUAAGUAUUUUCUCUUUGGCGAUCAUUUCAUUUCUUCUCAUAGCCUUUUCUCUUAUUUAUGUAUUGGUCUUGUUAGGAGAAAAUAAAUCCUGGUCACUCUUGGGACUAAGUUUAAGUACAAGUUCUAAUAACUGUAGUAAUGAUUAUUCUUUUUCCUAGUCGUGUUUGUGGAACUCCCACACCUGCUGUGUGGCCAGAUGUGAUCCAUCUACCACAUUUUCAUACAAUGAAGCCCAAGAAGCAGUACAGGAGAAGGCUUAAAGAGGAAUUUAACUUGUAAGUUGGUGUAUUAAUCAAAACCCAUUGUGUGAUUCAGGGUGGUGCUAAAAAGGGCGUGUGAUGACUUUCUUAUGUCCAUGGGUGAAAAGUAGUCUUAGUUUUUGCCUGCAUGGGGCACUAUUUCAAGGCUGUGCUCUAAGAAAGUGCUCUGAACUUGUGAUUUUCUAAUCACCCAGGAACAAAAGUAUCAUGACGGGAGCCUCCAGGCACUGCUAUAGAACAGUUUUGCCAUUACUUCAGAGCUUAGUGCUGUUGGGCUUGUACAAUAAAAAUCACUUUGGUCAGACUUGUGAUCUUUGAUUUCCUUGAGGUUUAUCUCGUUCAAUUCUUUGUUUGUUUUAUUGCUGCGGAGCGACCGCAGGGAGCGAGCAGCAACAUAAUCAGGAUUUAAAGGAAAUAUAUAUAGGGGCAACGAAUUCUCGAAUUCAUCACUUUUUACCACAAUGCAUUGCAUUUAACCACACUUUUUACCACAAUGCAUUGCAUUUAACCAGAGUGCAUUGUGCCACGAAGAAGUCAAAUAAUAACACGGGGAAGUUCGCAUCGUUCGCUGCCCAGACUCAGAGUUUUCUUUGUAGCAAAUUUUCUACAGCGCGGUUAGAGGUCUUACCAAAUUUAAGACACGCAGGAGUCUUUCAGAUGAGUACAAUGGUUAACUUGGGGAUUGGAUUUCAAUUCAAGAGCCUUUGACUCGUUCAGGUGUUAAACCUGAUGAGAAGAUGAGUAUUUGCUCUUCGACUCCGCAACAGGGGGGAUAUACAAAUUCCAGCUUGCUAGAUGUGAAAGUGAGAAAAUGUCAUGCCAUGCUAUUCUUAAGAACCUGUAUGAGCCGAAAAUGGAUGUGAUUUUGACCAUUCGCUUCAAAAUAACAGCAGAAAUCGAGAUAACAAAACAUGUUUUGUGUCCUACGUUGCAGAAGAGGACGUGUAUCGGCGUUUUGAAAAGCAUAAUUGUGUUUUUUCAUUCAUUCAUUGCCAUGGAAUAUGCGUUUACAUUGGUUUUUACUGUUAAUAGCUCGAUUAAUGCGGCUGGCGAUCAUCUGGCUGGUGGAAGUCUCAUGCAAAAAGCAUUAAAUUAAAGACUUUUCCCAAGAUUACUUAAUCAAUCUCUGUGGUGUAGUGGUUAGGUGUAGUCGCGUCGAGCCUAUGGUGCUGGGUUCGAAUCCUACCGAACUUUUUUUUCCUUCUUUCUUUUUUUUUUUUUCCCCGUUUUUUGUGUUGUUGUUUUCCAUAAAUAUAUAACUAAAUAACUGUUACUUAAUAAAGUGCAAUAAACAGCAAGAAAAGUAUCGUGUUUCCAGAGAAAUGAUAGUACACCAUAUAUUAAAUAUAUGGAUAAACAAUCUGAAUUUCUAUCAUUUCCUACAAUUUACUGUGGGAAAACCAGAGUUGAUAACCACUUGAUCAUUUUCUAAACAACGUUCCCCCGAGUUCUUUCUAUAGACUGAUAGUAAUUAUUCUAGUACUUUCCAACAUGUAAAUAGGACAUUCAAUGUCAUUUUCGAUUCUUUCAAGUCCCACUGCCUAACUAAUGCCAGUAUCAACAGAAUGUGCCGCAGCAUUACUAUCUUUUAGAUACCCUAGUUAUAUUUGCUCUUAAGAUUCCCAGUGUUUGCAUUGGUACUAUACAGUCAUGUACACUUAACUUAGAGUAAGUUCUAAGCAUUUGGUCCCUGUUUCAUGCAUGUCCAUUUAAAGGGGUGGGUAACUGCUUACUCUUACUCUCUGGAUCUAGAAACUGAAUUUUUGAUUCGUUUCACAACACCAGGCAAUUCAGAAGGAGACUCUACUUCUUAAUCAAAAGUCACUUGGUUUUUUCCUCUCCCUGGAGCCAAUUUAAUUAUGGUUUGUUUUUGUUUUCCUUAGUAUGCCAGCAGAUGCCUUAGAUUUGUUUGAUCGUAUGCUGACAUUAGAUCCAUCAAAGCGCAUAACAGCAGAAGAAUCACUAGAGCAUGCAUUUUUGAAGGACAUUGUGUGUGAGAACAUCAGCCCUCCAAGGUAAUGAAAAGCCCAGUUGUUACAUGUAGCUACGGGAGUUGUAGGCACACAGAGACAGCCACAGUGGGAGACCAAACCUGUCAAUACAAUGGCCAUUUUCUAUUUACCAAAUAAUUCUGCAAAUUCGAUGGAAUUGUCUCUACUAUAUUGCUUGGACUACCUUUUCAAAGUUUUACUUAUUCCCAAGAAUUUUCCGGUGGAAUGCCCACUAAUAACAUUGAUAAAUCUUAUCUCCAAAAUAAUGUGAGGAAGAAUGAUUAGUGUCUGCUUUGUGUGACGGUGGUUAACAUGGACAAAUGUUGGCCAACCAUUUUCUGAGGACCAACUGGACUGUUUUUAGUAUCAUUUUGCAGUCCUUGGUGCUUAUCUAAAGAGUCCAUCUAAGUGAUCUGAUGUUUUUGUGAAGUCAUGUUGUUAAUCUUUUUCACUGCUCUAUUUAGCCUUCCAACUUGGCAGGACUGUCACGAGAUGUGGUGCAAGAAGCGUAGGCGCAAAGGAGGUGAGAAUAAAGUGACAGAAGAUGGCACAAAACAAGUCAGGAGAGACUCUGUUGCGGGCGAAACUACUGAAACGUCAAACAACCUUCCAGCCAUGGCCACAACAGAGGAGCAAGGUGAAAGAACACUAAAGCCGGUUGAAACAUCUGCAUUUUUGCGCCGGCAGAGUAUUGAGACAGUUGAGAUGGAGACGGAAAAUAGCACAUAUGCUUCUAGAGAAGGACAGUCUUUCUAUGAUAGAGAUCAGCCACACUGUUCAUAUGCCGAUGAACACCCCAAGGCGGCAUACUCACAAGAUUCGUAUUACCAACGUGACUAUCAACAAGACUAUGGUGAAAGCUCUAGACUCAGUGGAUAUAAAUCAUCAUUGGAAGAUUAUCCUCCUUCAUACUCUAGGGAUAACAUUGACAAUGGAGGAGGACAUAGAUCAUAUUCUCAAUCAAGCGUGCAUUAUGAACAACUAUCACCCCCUGUGGAUGAAACGAGCAACUCAUACCCUGAACAGUAUAAACGUUACAGUUAUUCAGAUGGAAGGAGAGACAAGGAGUUCAAUGAGUCCUCAUCAAGAUACAGAGAUGACUCUUCAUCGUACCUUUACAGGGAGCGAUACUCUGACUCUUUCUCCCAAAAGCGUGAGGUUUUUGACUACAGUAACUCACAAUAUGACCAUUACCCGGUGGCUUCUGAGAACAGGGUAACCAGCCCUCAACGUGGGGUGGAUUCUUAUCAAAGAUGGUAGCAGAAGUUCUUCAACUCCUUAUGGACUUGUUAGUACUUAAAUGGAGGACCUGUUUACAAAACAACAUAGGUACACUGACCCAUGCAUUGAUAAGCUUCUCAGCAUGCUCUUUAAGUUGUUGUGGGAAGAGGUACUCUUCCCUAGCCUGCACCACAGUUGGGACUAAACUUCUGGUCAAGUCCGUCUGUGAAACAGCACUGAAGACCUCAUUCUGGGCCCCCACUUUUGUACCAGAAUUUGAGUACAUGUAUGUGCCAAGAAAACCAAUUGUAAAUUUGCCAAUCAGGUUGAAGGGGAAUUUGAAAUACAUUUCCAGUAAUUUGUUGAGUCCGUCGGGGGCUGAGAACAAAGAUAUCAGUGCUGCUUUACAGACGUUACUAACUGGGGUCAGAUUACGUCUGCAACACAGGCUACUCUACCCUAUGAACUGAAAGUUUGCCUUCAGGUUAUCCAGUCAUAAUUUUGGUGGAAAGGUUUAGUUUGAACAAAACAGAGUUCAGUUUGAAACCCUUUUGAAGAUCAAUACCAACAUUCUCCAGACUGUGCUACUUACAUUUUAUGAGGAGACUAAUAGAAUACGUGACGUGGUCAAUCUAUGAAAUAGAUAGCAAAUGAAAUUUGGUAUCAUUUGUAUUAAUUGACUCAGCUAAUUGAUUGAUAUCACACCAGCUGAUGAACAAAAAUAUCGUGACUUUAACCGCGAUUGAUUUUCAGCAAUUUGUUUUGGUUGUGUUUCAUUUGAAUAUUAUUGGUAACUAUUACAGCAGCAGCAAUACUUCAACAAAUCUCCAAAGUCAUAUAAGUACAAUGACAUGAGACAUCAGUGAUUAAUAGCAAAUGAAGAACUUGUGUCUUUGACUACCACUCAAAAAUAUUUGUCACCAAUUGCUAAUACAAUUAUUGUUAUACAUUAUACUUUUGACUGGUACAAACUGGUGGAUUGAUUUUUUAUCUUCAAUUUUCAUAUAUUGACCAUGCCUGGUAAAUAACCUCAAAUCUUAAGUGGCUGAACAGUGUUAAAUAUUUAUACACGAACCUACCAUCCCAAGGUCAAAAAGUCCACACACUUUUUAAGAAAAGCCUUAACCUUUCCUAUUAGUGGCUGAAGAAAACGUUUCUCCUAGAAAAGUCACAUUUCUGUUGUCUUUCCUAAGAAAUGAAUCAUGUUACACAAAAGUUGUGCGAAAGAGGUUUCAUUUGAAUGGUAUCACCAUAGGAUUUCAUCCACAGAAUCAAAAGUUAGAACUACAUACUAAAUAAAUAGCACCAUGUGAAAGUACUGCUGAAGAGGUUUCAUUUGAAUGGUAACACCAUAGGAUUUUGUCCGCAGAUAUAAAAGUAAGUGACAAAUGAGCUCACCAGCGAUUGCCAGAACACAUCAAAGAGUGAAAAGAUAAAAAUUCUUUCUAAGCUGAAAUCCGAACAUGUCUCAAAAAGCAUAUUAUGAAUAAGUUUUAGUAAUGUCCAUUGUUAUUAAAAUGUUCAUUGUUUGUACUUAGUACAGGCAAUCUCGUCUCAACAUUUAUGUGUAGGGUUGUAUAGAAUAAGCCGCUUGGUGACCCUGGAUGUAAUGUUAAAUUCUCCUUUUGUUUCAUGAACAAGGCAAUUUAUCUUGCAGUUUUUCAGAGGUAAUUGAGGGCUUUUUCCACAUUUACUUUCCAAUGUACACAAUUUCAUUCAUUAGCAUACAAUAUUACCCAUAGUGGUUGCGGUACAUACAAAUUCAUUGAAAAAGUUAAAAGAGUUGGUUUACUUAAGUAAUCAUAACUAUAACAAAAUUCUGAAAUCUGAUUGGCUAUCAACUGCCCUGAUUUCAGCCUUAAUUGGACAGUGCAGUAGGACAGUACGAGUCAUGCCUAAGUAAUUGGACAGUACGUGCCAUCACACACGUGCUGAAAUGACUUUUUUUUACUGCUAGCAAAAAUAUCUUGGAAUUUCUUGUGUUUUGAUUUUAAAAAAAGAGCCUUAUAUAUCACAAAUUUUGUUAAAGGUAUGAUAUAUUGGUAACAGAACUUCGUGUUUUCCAAUUCGGUCUGUAAUCAUACUCGUGAUUAAACAAAUGGACUCCUCCCAUUAUAAUUCUGUUAAUCACUUGUAUGAUUACAGACCGAAAAUUAUUGGACUCCACUCAGUCCUGUUACCAUUACUAAUCUGGACAAUUUUGAGCAUUUGCAGGCAAUAUUUAAAGAAAUAUUGGCUGUAAAAGUUCAUAGAAUUAAUUUUUUUCUGUGUGGCAGAAACAUUAAAUUUUAUGAGCCCCAUAUUCUUUAUAAGGCAGAAACUCUCAAAGAGCAUCCAUUAUAACAGGCUUUAACUUUCACCGUUCCUCUAUGACUUUCGAUACUCAGAGUUGCUAUUUUUAUAGCUUGAUCAGAGAAUGCUGAGCAUAGUGCUAAUAAGGCAAGGAUUGUAACAAGGAUUUACCUAUGCCUAUGCAGCUUACUUUCAGUCCAUAUAGGGACCUUAUGAAACUAUGACGAUGGUGGCAAUGAGAACAUCAAAGGAACAUGAUAGUUUUAAUAAGCACAAUAACAACCUGGCACAUGCAUCACGCUUUUCUGUCGAUUUAGUAGCCAUUCCCGCACAGCUAUGAUGUCAAAUGACCACAUUUUAAGUUCUCUAAAGAAGAGGAAUGGCAAGGGGAUAACUUUGACUGUAUCUCGGCUGAGCUUGGAUGCAGUCCUCACUCUUCAUCUACAACUUAACUUCCAAACUAUUAAACGACUUAUAAAGUUGAGAAAAUUGCAGAAAUUCUGUAAAGAUGCAAUGUCAGUUUUUCAGGGACGUUUUCACUGGUGUUGCCACUGUCAGAUCGUAAGGUCCCUGAUACCAGGGUCACAUUGCCACUUGUAAACACUGUAAACAGGCACUUGUAACAAGCAAAACUUUUCUAUGUAAGUGGGUGCAUAUGUCAGUCUUGAACUGCAUUUGCAUGCUGCUUCGUCUACUUGCAACAAGAGAGAAGUGUACAUAAUUUAAAUUUUAUUUUUCAAUGGCAAGAAGUUAGAGAUCUUGUCAUUGGCAAUGUUACAUCGCACAGAUCCCUGUUUUUCUACCCCCUGUGUAAUACAUUUUACAGAAAAAAGAAAGUGUUUUUUCAGAGGCCAAACUGUAGAAAACAGCAAUCCAAGUAGAUUGGACAUCAUUGUAAUGGAAUAAAGAACAUUAUUUGUAAUGAAAGAGUUGUUUAGUAUGGCUUAGCUUCUGUAACCUGCAAACAGGCUUCAGCAGGGACAUUGAGUGAAGAAAGGGGUGAGAUGACUUCCCCUCCAUCUUCUUCUAUUUGUUCUUGUUUCUUCACUCUCCUUUCUUAGCAAAGUUCUUGCACAUUUUUUACUACUCCUCAACCUAUGCUGCACUAGACAGCCUGUCACAGGGUAGGCUUGUUCUUCCCAGGCCUGAUUAAUUGAGUUUUUGUAAGGCUGAUUAUGUUGGGCUCUUGAGUUAAUGUGGUACGCUUAAGUCAAGCCAAGAUAAAAGCGAUCUGAGCUCUCAGUUAAGAAGGAAAGAUUAUUUAAGUUAUGGUUACUUGGGUUAUUUUUUGCUGGGUAUGUGCCGCUGGUCUCUCAGAGCCCUUACCACAUUGUAGUCUAUUUUGUUGCCCAUUGUAGACCCCAUCUUAGUCACUUUUGGGCAAAUACGUAAUUUUCACGAUCCCAACUUAAUCACUUUCUAUUUAUGUAUCUACCUUAUCAAUCCUUUAAAUAGAUCAUCCUAAAAUGAAUAAUAAAUUGAAUGAG